UGCAGGGACAUUUCAUCUUCAGUGACUUCAACUUGACAAUCGGAUCCUUCCUUCCGUGUGAAGUCGUCACAACGUGUCACGUUUCACCUCCUUCCCUCCCAGCAGCAGCCCCACCCCCCUGAUUAAGUGUGUGGCGCACGGCGUGGACUUGGAGACGUCUUGGCAGUUUUACGCACAAUAAACGCCAAACGCUCCCGUGGUCAGACAGGAGACUUUUAAAACCCAGUUGGACGGCUUUGCACUUUGGGAUCGGGGAAAGGAUCCGCGCACGUUAUCUGUCCCCGCAGACGCUUUUCUAUCUUUUCGGCUACUCCUUGGCCGUGGAUGACUUUAUAUCCUCGGGUCACUACAGAGGAAUGGAAACGAUGUGAGGGGCUGGAACCAAACGGAGAGAAGAGGAUGAUCCCGCCGGCCAAUAUGAUUCAGGACGAAAGUGGGGGCAAAGAGGGGGAGCGGGACCAGAACGAGACACCAAAAUCCCCGACGGGGACUGCAAGCCAACAGGAAACCAAGAACACUGUGAGGCCUGAACUUCACAAGCGCAAGCUGCAGAGGUUGAAACGUUCCUUGUCCUUCAAGACUAAAAGCAUCCGAAGCAAGAGCGCCGACAACUUCUUCUGGUCCAGUAUCGAUACCAAGACGGAGCUCCUGUCGGAUGUGAGCAGCAGCACGGGUUAUCUCUGCAACAUUGGGAUGGCCCCACCGCAUUCGACCAGCCUCCCCAUCCCGCCGGUACCUCCGGCCAUUCCUUGUGCUCCUCCACCCACGUCACGUGCCCCGUCGCGCAAUCCGCUGCAGGUGGACUCGGCGGGACACUGCUUCAUGGAGCAUAUCUUCAAAAAGCCCACGUUCUGUGACGUCUGCAAUCACAUGAUCGUAGGUACCACAGCCAAGCAUGUGGUGUUCCUGGCGGGGAACACGGCAAAACACGGCCUGCGCUGCAAAGCCUGCAAAAUGAGCCUCCACCACAAAUGUGAGAAUGGAGUGGGACAGCAGCGCUGCAUGGGCAAACUGCCAAAAGGUUUUCGCCGGUACUACAGCUCUCCGUUACUGAUCCAGGAACAGUACGGCUGCAUCAAAGAAGUCAUGCCCAUCGCUUGCGGCAAUAAGGUGGACCCCGUGUACGAGGCCUUGAGGUUCGGGACGUCGCUGGCACAAAAGGCGAAGAGGGCCAGUGGCUCAGAUUCUCCGCACAAAAACUCAACCAGUGACUUGGAUAAGGUUCCAGAAGAAGUGUCCGCUCACAGCAGUAGGCAGCAACUGUCGCGAAAGCACAGUGAUGAUGUAUUUACAGUUAUGGAGAAUGGGACAGAGCCAUACCACUACCUGGAAAGAAAACCUGAUUCUCCGCCGGAGCACAGCCACGUGCACCAGGAUCUCUUCAAGCUUAACAGCUAUGUGGCCUUGUACAGCUUCACACCCCAGGAAAGCCACGACUUGGAGAUGAGAGCGGGAGACAGAAUUUUACUGGCUGACGACUCCAAUGAUGACUGGUGGAAGGGGGUGAUUGAGGACCGGAUUGGUUUCUUCCCAGCCUCAUUCGCUCAUCAGUUGCGGGCCGGAGACCAAGUAUUCAGGUGUAAUAGGACGUUCAUCGGCUGUAAAGAACAAGGACAGAUCACGCUGAAGGAAGGACAGAUCUGUGUGAGCAGCGAGGGUGAGCGAGGCGGCUUCAUCAAAGUGGCGAGCGGAAAGAAGCGAGGCUACGUUCCCUGUGACGUUCUGGAAAUCAUCUGAGGGAAGAGAAAUACUCAGAGAAACAGAGUGAGGUGGAGAUUAUUACCAUCAGCCUGGAGGUCAGAGGAGGAGGAACACUGAACCAAAAAAUAAACAAACAAACAAACUUUGACAUGAGGGAGUUCACUCAAAUUUGAAUGAGGGUCUGGACUGGCAACCUCAUUUCUCUGGAGGUCACAAGCCCUGUGGAUGUUGAGAAGAUGGAAUGUGUUGUGGUUCCAAAGAGACUGUAUCACUGGAUUUGAUUAAAUUUAUAGAGCCAA